AUGGUUUCCUCCAGAGCUGUUAACAAGACAACAUUACACCCAAAGGGUGUUGCUCCUGUCACAGAGCACACUGAGAUUGAGGAGGAGCUUCACGACAAGGCCAACAUUGACUACGACCGAGUUCAGAUCAUCUCCAACCCUGCCGUCUCUACCCUCUACGAAGAUGCUCUCGUCUUCGAGAGUGGCACUGCCAUCACCUCCUCUGGUGCCUUGAGCGCUUACUCUGGUAAGAAGACCGGCCGCUCGCCCGGUGACAAGAGAAUCGUCAAGGAGCCAUCUUCGGAAAAUGAAAUCUGGUGGGGCCCAGUCAACAAGCCCAUGGACGACCACACCUGGGUUAUCAACCGUGAACGUGCCAUCGACUACCUCAACACUCGUGACCGCAUCUACGUCGUUGACGGUUAUGCCGGCUGGGAUACUCGCUACAGAAUCAACGUCCGUGUCGUCUGCGCUCGCGCUUACCACGCCCUCUUCAUGAGAAACAUGCUUAUCCGCCCAAGCCGAGAAGAACUCGAGCACUUCCACCCCGACUGGGUUAUCUACAACGCCGGCAGCUUCCCAGCUAACAAGUACACCACUGGUAUGACUUCUUCGACAUCCGUCGCUCUCAACUUCGCCGAGAAGGAAAUGGUUAUCCUCGGUACCGAAUACGCUGGUGAGAUGAAGAAGGGUAUCUUCACCGUCAUGUUCUACGAAAUGCCAGUCAAGCACAACGUCCUCACUCUCCACUCCUCCGCCAACCAGGGUGAGAACGGUGACGUCACCGUCUUCUUCGGUCUAUCUGGUACCGGCAAGACUACUCUCUCCGCUGACCCGAAACGUGCCUUGAUCGGUGACGAUGAGCACUGCUGGACCGACUCUGGUGUCUUCAACAUUGAGGGAGGUUGCUACGCAAAGUGUGUCGGCCUUAGCCGCGAAAAGGAGCCAGAAAUCCACGGUGCUAUCCGCUACGGUUCCGUUCUCGAGAACGUCAUCUUCGAUGAGUACACCCGUGAUGUCGACUACAACGACACCACCCUCACCGAGAACACUCGUGCCGCCUACCCACUCGAAUAUAUCCCCAACGUCAAGUUCCCAUGUAUCACUGACGGCCACCCAACAAAUCUCAUCCUCCUUACCUGCGAUGCCUCCGGUGUUCUCCCACCAGUCUCCAAGCUCGACUCCCGCACUGUCUCCUACCACUUCAUCUCUGGCUACACUUCCAAGAUGAGCGGUACCGAGGAAGGUGUCACAGAACCACAGGCCACCUUCUCCGCUUGCUUCGGACAACCCUUCCUUGCCCUUCACCCAAUGCGCUACGCCGAGAUGCUUGCCAACAAGAUCUCAGAACACAAUGCCGACGCCUGGCUCGUCAACACCGGUUGGGUCGGUGCCUCUGCCGCCGCUGGUGGUAAGCGAUGCCCACUCCGCUACACUCGUGCUAUCUUGAACGCUAUCCACGACGGUAGCCUCAAGAACGCCGAGUACGAGAACUUCCCAGUCUUCAACUUGGCUAUCCCCAAGACCUGCAACGGUGUUCCAGAUGAGAUCUUGGACCCACGCAAGGCCUGGAUGGGAGAUGCUGAGAGCUACGAGAGCUCGGCUAGAACUUUGGCUUCCAAGUUCAUUGAGAACUUCAAGAAGUACCAAGAAGGUGUUACCAAGGAGGUUUUGGGCGCUGGACCUCAGUUGUAA